AGCCACCGCAAUUACCAGCAUAACGACUUCUACCACCAUAAAUCAUCACAUAUUUCUCGUUCUGCAAAGAGUUGAAAGCACCGACCACAUCAACCCCAUCCGAGCGCGACCCUCCGUCCACUUUCGCACCCUACGGAGGAGGCAUAGACAUCUGAUCAAAGCUCGAUUCACGGGCCAUCUGGCUCACCUUGCAUCCGCAUGGCGCCUGUCACCUCCAAACUCGAUAUUCCCGAUCUCAUCUUCUCCUCCCUUGAACUCGACGUUCAUGAUGUCAAGCCUAGAGACUCUCUCACAUCAUUCUCGAGCAAAAGAUCGUUUGUCUUUGGAGACCACAACCCUCUAGUGCCCCGAAAUGAUGAUGUCUCCCCGCUUCUCUCACCAAUUGAGACGUUCAAUGUUCUCACGGCGAGAGAUAUCGAGCUUGAUCCCAAUUUCAACCCUUCAGAAGGCUCCGUCGACCCAACCGACGUCAACAUGAAAGGCAUCCAAGCUCUCUUUGCAAUCAUAGGAGCCGCAUUUGUCGUUCUCAUCAUCUGGUUCUUUUUCUGGGCCAAGAACGGGGGAUUUCAAUGGAGAAAAGGAGAUUGGGACGACUACAAAUCGUCUGUCUUGAGACGGAAGGGCCCCAACGGCACCACCCUUAGCAAUGCAACCAAAAGCACGGCUCUUGGUGGUGGCAGCGUGGUCGGGGAUGGAUACUCUGAUAAGAAUAGCAGAUCUUCAUACGACGCAUCCACUGAGACCAUGACCAAUGUCGAUCUUUCCUCAGACGCUCCAAUUCUCUCAGAAAAACAAGGCAAGAAGUACAAGGCAAGGAAAGAGACCAACAAAGAACGCAAAAUCCGCGAGGCCCGGGAGGCAGAGUGGGAGGGCGGUCACGAUAAUGACGUGCGAGCCUAUCGUCAUGAGAAAGUGGCUCGAGUUGGCGGAUUGAACAAAGACUCGGAUGGACAAUGCUUCAGUACCGAGUACAGUGGAAGUGACCGAACCAGCAAUGUCUUUAGCCAGAGCUAUCGUCCCAACAACCACCCGCCACCACCUCCACGGCACGCCAGCCCUGAGAAACGCCAGAGCCGCCGGGAUUUCUCGUACGGUCAGGACAGCACCUUUACUGCCACCGAAGCCGCUCGAUCAUCUCGCUACCACCCAUCCAACAAGAAUGUUAGCCCGCAGAGACCGAUUCGAACCGUCCCAGGAUCGUUCCAUCAGCAGACAGAGUUGGAUGCCCAGAGUCAAAACACCAUGAGCUAUCAUCACCCAAUUCCAGGUCUUGGUGGACAGAACAAGGCAAAUGGUUACAGACGGAACCGAAGGGACAGUCUUGACGACUAAAUGAAAAAGGUUGUUGCUAAUUGAUCAGCUGAAGAUCAAGUUGACGACGAGGAAUUACAUUGUACACUGAGGGAGUUUUGCACCAUGCUCGUAUGAGUUGGUAGCGAGACAUGGAACAAGGCGUUUGAGAUCAACAUGAAUCAAUGAGAAGCGUGUGCUUACUGGAAGGACCAGAGAAUGACCAAGAUGCAAUGGAAUGGGACAUGGAACAUGUCAUGAUGGACAAAGGCAUAACUUGCCAACAUAUGUAGCAUGAAUAAGCAACCCAAUGAAACGUUUGCAACGA